AUCCUAAUCAAAACUGCAAAAUACUACUUUAUAUUCCUAUGUAGCCGUUGCCGGUACCCACGAAACGGUCAACAGAACAGGGAUAUAUGCCCUUGUUAAAGGUGAAAAAAAAAUGAUAUAUGACCGUUACAAACCCUGAAAUUUAAAUUCAACAAACCCAAUUUCCCUAAUCAAAGAAACAGUGAGCCAAUAAUGAGAGAAGAGCAAGAGCCAGAGCUCGCAAUGGCCUCCUUGGAGGAGCAAAUGCAGCAGCUCAGAUCAAAAGCCACCGAGCUCCUCCUCCGGGAAGAAUGGAGAGAGUCCGUACAAAUCUACUCUCAGUUCAUCACCCUCCGCCAAGGCCAAAUCUCGAACACCUGUCAGCAUUCAGACCCAGACCCAGAUCGACUCUCCAAGCUCCACAAAUCCCUCUGCUUAGCUCUCUCAAAUCGAGCCGAGGCACGAUCCAGGAUGCGCGAUUUCGCCGAAGCACUUAUCGAUUGCGAGCAAGCAUUGGAAAUAGAGGGGACCCAUUUCAAGACUCUGCUUUGUAAAGGUAAGAUCUUUCUCAGCCUGAACAGGUAUUCCAUGGCUUUGGAUUGCUUCAAAGCAGCUGUCCUUGACUCUCAGGCUGCUGGAAAUCUUCAAACUAUUAAUGGGUAUUUGGAGAGGUGCAAGAAACUUGAGUUUCAGUCGAGGACUGGAGUUUUUGAUCUCUCCGAUUGGGUCCUAAAUGGAUUUCAGGGGAAGUCGCCGGAACUAGCAGAAUAUAUUGGUGCUGUGCAAGUUAAGAAGUCUGAGAUUAGUGGGCGUGGGCUCUUCGCCACUAAGAACAUUGAUGCUGGCACUUUGGUUUUGGUCACAAAGGCAAUUGCAAUUGAGAGAGGGAUAUUGUCAGGGCAGGGUGCAGGGGAGAAUGCACAAUUGGUCAUGUGGAAGAAUUUCAUCGAUAAGGUUAAUGAUUCGUUUGAAAGAUGUCGAAGAACACAGCAUUUGAUCGGCACAUUAUCCACGGGUGAAGAUGAGGAGGGGCUUGAGGUUCCUGAUAUCAGUCUCUUUAGGGCAGAAACUGAGAUUAGUAGCUACCCAGUUGAGAAGAUGGACAUGGGUAAGAUUUUGAGCAUCCUUGAUGUGAAUUCACAUGUGGAAGAUACAGCUUUGGCUGAAGUCUUUGGCAAAAAUAGUGAUUACUAUGGUGUUGGGUUGUGGUUGUUGACUUCAUUCAUCAACCAUUCUUGUCAUCCCAAUGCAAGGCGCUUGCACGUAGGGGACUACUUGAUAGUUCAUGCUUCUAGAGAUAUCAGGGUAGGGGAAGAGAUCACAUUUAUGUACUUUGAUGUGCUUUCGCCUUUGGCAAAGCGCAGGGAAAUGUCAAAUUCAUGGGGCUUCAACUGCAAAUGCAUGAGGUGCAAGUUUGAAGAGGCAGUGUGCUGCAAGCAAGAGAUGCGAGAGAUUGAUAUAGGUCUUGAAAGAGGAUUGGAUGUAGGUGGUGUGGUUUAUAGGUUGGAAGAAGGGAUGAGGAGAUGGAUGGUGAGGGGAAAAGAGAAGGGCUAUUUGAGGGCAUCAUUUUGGGUUGCAUAUUCUGAGACUUACGGCUCGGAAAGGUCGAUGAAGAGGUGGGGAAGGAGGAUUCCGGAAAUGGAAGCAGUGGUGGAUAGUGUUGUAGAAGCUGUGGGAAGUGAUGAUAGGCUGGUGAAGUUGGUGGCGGCAGGGCUGAAGAAGAGUAGUGGGGGGUUAGUGGAGAUGGAAAGAGCAAUGAAGUUGGGAAAGGGGCUGUAUGGGAAGGUGGUCAAAAAACAAGCAAUGAGAUCUCUUCUAGGGCGAUUAGCUUCUUGCUCCCUCCCAUGAUUACACAGUUUUUUUCCAGAGCAAUUAGUUUUUGCUCUAGUAGCUUCAGGAACUUUCUUUUAUUUUCUUGGAAAAUAUUUGUUUUCAUGCCUUUCUAUUUGCACAAGAACAUGUACAGAAGAUAAUCUGAUAAUGAGUUUGCUUCAUUGCAAUUAUCAUUCAAUUGGCUCUUCGACAUUUCCAGUAAGCAGAACUUAUCCUGGAUGUCUGUAAAGGGAGCUUUGAAUCCUCACUUGGAUCACUGGUAAUUGGGUCUAUAAAAACAGAAAUGAUAU